GCAAAGCAAAUCAGACAUAUGUAUACAUAUACCCCCUCUUUUGCGUAUUUCCUUCCCGUUUUGGUUACCAUAGAGCAUUAGGGAGAGUUCCCUGUGCAAAAAAGGCAGUGCAUCUAAUUCAGGAACACACACACCCCCCUCCUUUAAGCAGGAUAAACCUGGGCGCCUCAGGAUGGCUUGUUGUGAUCUCAGAGAACGUUCUCUGGGAACCAAGUUGCUUUCCUUGAGAACUUGAAGGGGGAAAUUUAGUCUCUCACAUCCUGCUGGCUGCCUGACUCCACAGGCUUCUGCCUCUGAACUGGGGUUGCCUGCAGUUUGUGUCUCUGGACCAUCGCGGUGUCUCACAGACCCCACUGGACUCGGAUUGGUCAGAAGGAAGCAGAGGAGGAGUCACUCUGAGCAUUUUUUUUUUUUUUUUUUUCUUCCCUCACACACCAUAAAAAUCAGCAGCAGCGUCUGACACUCAAAGCAAAGCUUCAGGUUGGGAACCGGUACCUCUGCGAGGCAGCUGAUGAGAGCAUGCGCACACAGAGCCGGCUCGCAGCCGUAGCGCAGCCACCAGGCAAAUUACUCUGCAAAGACCUGCGUGCCUCCGACUAAAGUUGAAGUGAGAACAAAAGAGCAAGCGGCAGGCUCGUCGGAGAAGAAGCAUCUUGCAGCCUAAGAUUUCCAAGUGAUGCUGACCAGAGCCACACCUGAAAGAGACUGAAAACUUCCUUUCCAGCUCCGGAGCAUGGGACGUUUAUUCACAGCAGACUUGCCACUCUCCGCCGCUUAACUUUCGUUUGGGGCAAGUCAAGACUGGAGAAAGGCGCUGAGGCUGCCGGACCCGGGAGGUUCAGUCAGUCCAGAGGGGAUCUGAAUCCAAAAUGAACUCUACCCAGCCCCAUGGGAUGCACACCUCUCUCCACUCCUGGAACCGCAGCGCCCACGGAAUGCCCACCAAUGUCAGUGAGUUCCUGGCAAAAGGCUACUCGGACGGGGGGUGCUAUGAGCAGCUCUUUGUCUCUCCCGAGGUGUUUGUGACUCUGGGGGUCAUCAGCUUGUUGGAGAACAUUCUGGUGAUUGUGGCCAUAGCCAAGAACAAGAACCUGCACUCACCCAUGUACUUUUUCAUCUGCAGCCUGGCUGUGGCUGACAUGCUGGUGAGCGUUUCCAACGGGUCGGAAACCAUUGUCAUCACCCUGCUGAACAGCACGGACACCGACGCGCAGAGCUUCACGGUGGAUAUUGACAAUGUCAUUGACUCGGUGAUCUGUAGCUCCUUGCUUGCCUCUAUCUGCAGCUUGCUGUCGAUCGCGGUGGACAGGUACUUCACUAUCUUCUAUGCACUCCAGUACCAUAACAUCAUGACGGUGAAGCGGGUGGCGAUCACCAUCAGCGCCAUCUGGGCGGCCUGCACGGUGUCGGGCGUCUUGUUCAUCAUUUACUCGGACAGCAGCGCUGUUAUCAUCUGCCUCAUCACCGUGUUCUUCACCAUGCUGGCUCUCAUGGCUUCUCUCUACGUCCACAUGUUCCUCAUGGCCAGACUCCACAUUAAGAGGAUCGCGGUCCUGCCAGGUAGCGGCACCAUCCGCCAGGGCGCCAACAUGAAGGGGGCGAUUACCCUGACCAUACUGAUCGGGGUCUUUGUUGUCUGCUGGGCCCCCUUCUUCCUGCACCUGAUAUUCUACAUCUCUUGUCCCCAGAACCCAUACUGCGUGUGUUUCAUGUCUCACUUUAACGUGUACCUCAUCCUCAUCAUGUGCAAUUCCAUCAUUGACCCUCUGAUUUAUGCCCUGCGGAGCCAAGAACUGAGGAAAACCUUCAAAGAGAUCAUUUGUUGCUCUCCUCUAGGUGGCCUCUGUGAUUUGUCUAGCAGAUAUUAAAUGGGGACAAACGCGAUGCUAAACCCAAGCUUAAGAGACUUUCUCCUUCUCAUAUGUACAACCUGAACAGUCUGUAUCAGCCACAGCUUUUUCUUCUGUGUAGGGCAUGGAGUGAAAAAUUCUAUUGUAUCAGUUCAAGUUUGUGAUUUUUUCUGAUGUGAAACAGUGCCCAGUCUCGGUGUAUUUUUAAUGUCAUGCUACUUUCUGGCUGUAAAAUGUGAAUCCACAUCACAGGUUAUAGGCACCAUGCAUUCAUAAAAAAAGAAGAAAAAGUCCUUAUGAGGAGUUUAACAGUGUUUCCUUCUUGUUAUUUACAAGGAUGUGACACUUUGCUUGUUUUUGUAACAUGGAAAUCACAGCUUCAUUAAGUUUGUUCUCAUAAGUGGUUUUUUAUGUUAUACUUUACAACACUGAAGUAUAAAAAUUUGAUUCUAGCAUUUAGGGGAGAAAUAUUGAGAACAUAUUGCUUAAUCAUAAAAAAAACAAGCUGAAAUUUCAGGUAAUUUAAUAAGACUUGCUCAUUCAUUCUUCCUGUGCAGAAGUUGAAAUGAAGCUUGUACUGGGAGAAAAACAGUUACUUUAAAAAAAAAAAAAAAAAAAAAAGGAGGGGGGAUAUUUUGAGUCAGAAAACUAUGUUUGUUUCUCAGAGACAGAGAGAUUAAUUUGUUCAAGCAAAGAGUCUGAUAUUCCUCACAGGCAAUUCAGUUUGGGAUUAAAAAAAGAAAAAAAAAAAAAAAACAGCAGCUAUGAGGAUCCAAAUAUUUUGGGAAAUCUAAGUUAACAAGGCAAGCUAAACUUCCUGAUAUCAAACUGUGUACAACUGCCCCUAAUAAAGACAGAGAACAAUGUCUUCCUGCCCCUUUAACCAGGGCCCCAGAACCUGCUGAAAUGUCUAGAACAGGUGAUGCCCCACUGAGAUACAGCUUCUGCUCCCUGAAGAACUACACAAUUCUUGCUGAGUUCUUUCACUUUUCACAUGCAGGUGACUUACUAUUUCCCUAUUACUUAUUUUUUGAACUGGACUUUCGGUACUCAUUAGCAAGGAUUUUAGCUUUGAAGACUAAAUCUAUAGCAUAAGGAUGUUAGGCAAUAUUUGUAAAAAUCUAAAAGAAGGGAAUUCUUGGUGCUAGAAUGUUAUAAAUAGGGAAAAAAGCAUGGCCUGAACCCUAGAGGACAUCAUGACAUAAACUAGCCUUCCACAACUAUAUUUUAGAGAGAAAUACUUGCUUUGCUCCAAAAUAAUGCCACAGAUUUGUCUACUGAACAAUAAAAUCUGUACUUUCCAAUUUGCACUUGUUUUGAGAAAUUUACCAGUGAAUUACCUUUUAAUUUACUUUAUAGUCUCCUCAGAUGCUCAUGGGCAGAGAUAACGUCAUGUUACAAGGUACUGCUUAAUUCAAAUUUCUAAAUGUUUUGCAUAUUGACAGCAAGUCCUGAGAAGCACUGUCAGUACUGAUGAGGAAACACUACUUUAAAAUUUAAUAAUAAGAUUAAAGCUUACACAUGAAAGGUGACACUGAAGCCUGAUUCACUGCAAUGCCUCUAUUUUGACAUAAACAUGUGUGAGGCUUUAAAUUAUAUUUAAAGAGAAGCCCACAUUGUGGCAGGACAUGGUAGGUGUUUCUGUCUUUGCUACUCUUCCUGUCCAUGCUUUCAUGUGAUUGCGAGGAACCCCAGUAACUGGAGACUCGGAAGAGAGCUAGAAGCCCCCCACCUUCUGUGGGUGCUGUCCUUCCAGUCCACCCUGUUUCUCCAGCCAGGGUCAUUGCAGAUGCUGCCCGGUCCAUUGAGGACCAGCCCACUUCUGCCACUGACAGGAAAUCAGCCUCCAGCACCUUGACUCCCACAUUUCCUCCUGGAGCAGUUUACAGGGAUGGGGGGAGUGUUAGUCAAGAGCCGUGUGCCCGGCCCCCUCCUUUAUGUGCCCAGGGCCCGGUAUCAGGCUUCUGUUUCUUUAAGUGCUAAGACUAUGCCUUUCUCAUUUCUUCCUGUUCUCCAAACGUUCCUCUAUGAUGUUACUUCUUUCUCCAGUAAAACCAAGAUUCUCCCAGAGGGAUACAUCAUUAUCACUCAAAGUCCAUAGUUUACAUUAGGGUUCAUUCAUAAGUAUUGUGUAUUCCAUGUGCUUUGGCAGACAAUGUCACUGGCAACUGUUCCACUGCCUGAAGAAUCCUCUGUGUUGCACCUAUUCCCCGCUUUCCCUCCUACCCGUGGCUACCAGGGACCUUUUACUGUGCAAUAGUUUCACCUUUUCCAGAAUGUCCUGUAGUUGGAACCAUACACUAUAUAACCUUCAGAUUGGCUUCUUUAACUUGAUAGUAUGCAUUUAAGGUUCCUUCAGAUAUUUUUAUGGUUUGGUAG